AUGUGUGUAGCUGAUGAAAUACGUCACUUUGCGUGUCCUCCAUUUUGGGUUCCAUUCCAAAACAGUUGCUACCGUAUAUUCGGGACCAAGUUGAACUGGGCAGCUGCAGAAGCCCGCUGCAACCAACACUUCAACGGAUACGACAUGGGCCAUCUGGUAUCUCUCCGAAAUGAAGCCGAAAAUAAAUUCGUCGCAAGACUCUGGGAUUCAUCUACUGGUGGAUUGGCAGCCAUAUCUGACUAUACCUUCUGGAUUGGCCUGACAGAUGCAGGUGACGAAGGUCGGUGGGUUUGGACGGACAACAACCAGUUGACAACAUACACAAGUUGGCAUACAAAUCAACCUGACAACUAUAAUAACGAAGACUGCGCUCACCAAUGGAAACGAGAUCCAAAUCUUGGUACUUGGAAUGAUUAUCCAUGUACUCGUGAGCUAUUUUAUGUCUGUGAGCUGCCUCAGAAUAAAUAG